AUGGCUAUUGAAUCCUAUGAUUUUUUAGUGACUGAAAUACGAGUCUCUUUAGAUGUACAGUAUUUGAGUUAUCUUAGAAAGGAGAUGAAAUUAAAAAACUUAUCCUUGAAGAGAAUUUGUCAGAGAUUAAGAGAGCUUAAAUUAUAUUAACCAAAGGGCAACAAAGAUAGAAAUUGGCUAUAGAUUUACUCCAAUUUGGGCAGACUGUUGAAAGAGGGUUUCAAUUAAUUAUAUAAUGUGGUUCAAGCAGAUCUUAUGGAAUAAAGCGAAGAACUUAUCGUAGCCGCUGGGAUUUCCCUCAAGAAUAUAAAAUGCUAUAGCAAAGAACUGAUGCCUCUGGUCCUUCAUUUUAUUUAAUUAUACAAUAUGAAAUAUGCAGAUUCGUGGAUACCAACCUUUGGAAAUCUUAUUCAUUAAUUCAAUUAUAAAGACUAUUAAGAUCAUAUUGAGAAAAUAAUCAUCGAAAUGUCGACUCCUCGACAACCCGAAGUCGGUAGAUUGAUUGGAGCUAUGUUGAUAAUUUAAGUAGCUAACUUAUUAGGGGAUAAGAUUCAAGGACCCAUAUUGGAUAGAGUUCGAUAACUAUGCAACGAUAAUGACAGCGAGGUCAGAGCUAUAAUAGCUGGAGAUGUCUUUUCUUGUCUGAUUGAAAGGUUGAGUCCUUGUCUUAUUCAUUAAUAUUUGCAAGACAAGUUCCUCCCACUCAUAUAUGACAAUUGUCCAUAAGUAAAAAAAUAGAUGAUUCAAACCUUAUUUGUACAUUAUCAGAAACUUAAUGCGAUUGAGUGUGUUUUUAAUGCUACUCAGAUGUUCAUUGAUUGCUUAUCCACUUAAAAUGAGGAUGUUCUUUCUACAUCUCUGGCAUAUUGUGGUGUUGCCUUCCUUGCAAUAAAGGACUAAGUCAAUUUAGAAUUUAAAUAAAAUUUGAUUAAUUUAUUUGUGAAAUUCGGAUAGCAUCAGAGUCAAAUCAUCAGAUACUAUUAUUUGUACAAUUUACCAGGGUUUCUCGCUUUAAUUAAAGACGUCCAAUUGAACUGCUAAUUAAUCUAGCCUUUUUGUAUCAUCGUCGACGAAGAUGAGGAGGAGAAUAGGAUUUUUGCUUGUUCCAUCCUGCACGAAUUGAUCAAACCCUUUGAUUAUAGCUUCAUUUCAACUUAAAUAUUUUUUGGUAUAACAAACGUUGUGGGCUCUGAAAAUUUGAAGUUGAUUCUGCAAAUUCAAUUCGCCAAAAUUAUUGAGACCUUAUUAAAUGAGGGAAUUCUUGCAUCCUUAGAUAAAAUUCAAAAAUAAUUUAAAGCCAUUUUUUAAGAUUUUGCAAAACUAUUCGAAAAGUGUCACCACAAUUAUAUAAACAAUGAAAGAUUUCUAACUUAAGUCAAACAUUUUAUGAGAUUUGUUAAGCCAAGGUAAUUUGUUAAAUACUAUUUGCCAAUUCUGUACCAAUAAUAAACAUGCAUUCAAAAUGAAAGCUUAGCUAUGGAGAUUUUAGCCCAUUUUUUUUACACCUGUCAAGAUUAUGAGAUCCAACAGAACAUCAAAGAUACUAUGAAUUAAUAAUUUUACAAGGGAAAUUCUAAUAAAAAAAUCAAAUAUUUGUGGUUCAUCAAUGCAUUACCAAAAUACAUAAGCAAAAAGUAGUUUAAUUAUUUAAAUUUUAAUAUAUUUGUCAACCUAUAUGCAGAUAAAAUAGUAGAUGUUGUAAUAAAUUUAAUUAAAAUAUUGCCACAUGUCGCCCAUUAUUUAAUCGAUCAAAGUCAAUACAAAUUGUUGAAAACUUUAAAGGGGCAAACCAUUUCGAAAUUAGUCGAUGAAAUGAUCGUUGUAAUAGAGUCAAACCAAAUACAUAUAGAUGAAGUUAAAGAAAAAAGAUUGCAGGAGAAAGAGGAUAAGGUUCAAUAAGAUUAUUUAAAUUCUCUUAAAGCUAAUAAAUAAUGUGAUUCUUCUCAGAGCAUUGAUAGCAAUUCUAAAUACAAGAAAAGGCCAGCCCCAAAAUUGGCAUCAUAAACUGCUAAGAAACAGUAAAGUACUUCGUAAAUGAGAAUUGGAGUUAAGGACAAUACGUCAUAACCUUCAAGUAGGAGUCAAGAUAGAAGCACUAAUUAAGUAGUAGCAAGACAUUAGAUCGAAAUAUAGAAGUUUAAAAGCAGACCAAGUGGAUUUAAUAAAUUUUGA